UGAACUUCAGAGUGCAUUAUAUUUUGUAUCUUUUUAUUUGGUAUAUUGCACAAUUGUACAAUUAAUUAUGGCCUGUGUUUCCUUAUUGCUGUAUUUAUGUAUAUAUGUAAAUACACAAUGAAGUGCACCUAACCUAUAUAUAUUCUGUUACUGAAUAGCUUUAGAGAGAAAUUAACUGAUCAAUAAAUGGUUUAUCUUAUCUUAUGCAGCGAUUUCUAAAUGCGCAAUUAAAAUUGUGUAGCAUUCAGACUAACUGCUACGAGACAGUUAAAUGUUGUACACAAUGUUAAUUUCAAGGGUAUUGAAACAAGUCAAUCAAAAAUUAUUUAAUGUUCAAAAAAAAACAACAAGAGGUGUACAGUCCGCCAGAGAUGUAAUCUUAAGUGGCGGAAUUAUUAUUAUUAGUGGAGUUCUCAUCGUUUGGUUAUCCGUAUUUCUUUAUACAGCAUUUUAUUAUGCCUACAUGCCGAGUAUGUCAUACAUACGGCCCGUACAUUUGCAAUUCAAAUCAUGUGAUGAACAAAAAGGGAUUUGCAGUUUUCCAUCAGCACAUGUACAGUUAACAAAUAAACAACAGCUUUUAAUGGUUGGACAACCUUAUAAAGUCAACUUACAUUUGGAAAUGCCAGAAUCUCCAGCCAAUAAAGAACUUGGUAUGUUCAUGGUUUGUGCACAACUACGUAGUAGAGAUGGUUUUCUUGUGGAACAUUCAUGUAGAUCAGCAAUGCUGCAUUACCGUAGCACUUUACUACACGCACUUACAACAUUUACAUUUUCACCAAUGAUGAUUUUUGGUACCACUGAAGAAAAACAGAAUGUUGUUCUUGAAUUGUUUGGUAACUUUGAAGAAGAUCAAAGUCAUCCAGUUACAAUUAUUUAUAUUGAGAUACAAUCCAGACACAUUGAAUUCUAUUCUGCAACCAUCAUGAUAAAUGCACAUUUAUCUGGUUUACGUUAUUUAAUGUAUCAUUGGCCAGUUUUAUCUACUGUUGUUGGUAUUGGCACAAAUUUGUUUUUCAUAGCACUUGUGUGCACUCUUUCCUAUCUUCACUUUACUACUUAUGAGGAUGUAGGAGAUGAUGAUUUUAAUUAUGAAGAAUCUAAGAAAAUGGAAGAGACUGAUGAACACAAAGGAACAUUAAGUACAGAAGAGGAAGAAGGACAAAAAGCUACUCAUGUUCAAUCGUCCGAGUCAACGUCUUCAGAUGAUACUUUCACGUUACCAGAUUGUGUGAAUGAAUGUACUUUUGAGUUUUAAAUGGUAAAUAUAUAUUACAAAAAUA